AUGGCUAAGAAUAAACUUAAAAAUAGGGUUAAAGAUCAUGGCAUAUUCUUUUCUUGUUCUUCAUAUCCUGGUUCUUCAACUCUCUAUGGCAGUGAUUGUAGUUGUGGGAUGCUACUCUCAAGCUGUUCGUCUAGUUGCAACUGCAAAAGUGAAUGCACCAACAAGCCGUUCCAACGAAGACAUAUCAAGAGAAUGAAACUAGUUCAGACAGAGAAAUGUGGAUAUGGGAUUGCAGCAGAUGAAGAUAUCAAUCCAGGAGAGUUCAUCAUUGAAUAUGUUGGGGAAGUUAUCGAUGACAAAACUUGUGAAGAAAGGCUCUUGAAGAUGAAGCAUAAGGUCGAGACAAACUUCUACUUGUGUCAGAUAAACUGGAGCAUGGUGAUUGAUUCUACUUACAAGGGGAAUAAAUCAAGAUACUUCAAUCAUAGCUGCAAUCCUAUUCCUAAUACAGAAAUGCAUAAAUGGAUAAUUGAUGGAGAGACAAGGAUUGGCAUCUUUGCCAUACGUUACAUAACCAACGGAGAGAACUUGACAUAUGAUUACCAGUUUGUUCAGUUUGGUGCAGAUCAAGAUUGCUACUGUGGUGCAGCAUGUUGUAGGAAAAUGCUAGGUUCAGAAGCUAGUAAAGCUAAGAACAUACCUGCAUGUGAAGAAGACUAG